AUGAUGCAACAGGACGAGAAACACCGACCGGCCUUCAACUCCGAGCACCUGCAGGCUAAUGACUCGCUAGUCGAAGCUUCUUUGCAGAAAGAGUCACUGCCCAAAGUUCAAGUUCAAGCCGAAUAUCAGAAACCACCAGUCGACAUACAAAUCCAACCUCCCACGCCUGUUGCCUCUUCGCACCCGCUGCCUCCUCCUCGCCCUUCAGUCCUCCGUCUCUCGCUGCUCGACAGCUACUACCUCGACAAGAUGGUUACCGCCAACAAGCAGCAGAAUUUCGAUGUCGUCGACACAUACAAGCGUCUGCUGGCCGACGAUCCAGAGUUGACUAUGCCCGUCGCUGCAAUCGAAGCUCUGGUCCUUGCUCUCGCUCACACUCCUGCGACCACCGUCUCCGAAACCCUGGACCUGCUAUCUACUCUCACAGCCGAAUUGAAGGCUCGCAUUCCCAACCCCAUUUCUCUCUCGGCCGGCACCGACUUGUUUCAACGCUACAUCAUCACUACUCUGCAGAAACCCACUGCUGGCCGUAACAGCGACUUUGACACUAUUCGCACUCAUCUGGUACAAAACGGUCGCUUGUUCGUUGAGCGCGCAAAGGAGGCUCGUGACAAAAUUGCUGGUUUUGGUAGACAUUUCGUUCGCGACGGCAACACCGUCUUGACCAACGGAGGCUCGCGUGUCGUCGGUGCUCUCUUGCGCUCGGCUGCAGAGACAAGUGCGGGUUUCGGUGCUCAAGGCAGCAUUCGUUUCCGCGUCAUUUAUGUCGUUUCCGACUCGUCAGAUGCAGAGAGCAGUGACAAUAUCGCCCAGCUGCGCAAGCUCGGUAUCCCCGUUGCCACCAUUCCUCCAACCGCCAUCGCAUACAGCUUGAACCAGGUCUCGCAAUGUUUUGUUGGUGCUGAAGGUGUUGUCGAAAACGGAGGUAUCAUCAGCAGAUUGGGCACAUAUCAGAUUGCCAUGCUGGCCAAGGCCGCCAAUAAGCCUUUCUAUGUUGUCUCGGAGAGCCACAAGUUUGUCAGACUAUACCCGCUGGGACAGACGGAUUUGGGUAUUGACCAGAACAUUGUCGAGUUCAAGACUACUGGGGACGCUGCCAGUACUAGUGGAAGCGUCUCUGCAAAGGACGAGGGUGUUGCUGACAUGGAUGCCCAAUCCGAUGCCGGUGUCUCGGACAGUGUAGCCAACACCGAUGCUGUUGACUUUACAUCUGGUGUCUUGCUACCAUCCGCAGUCAGCGAGGAGCUCAUCAAGAUUUGGUUCUAG